UAUUAAAUAGGUUUUUCAUGAGUUUUUUGAGUAGUUUGAUACUGCUGCUGUCCUUGUUUUUUUGUUCAAUUGAAUGUGGACCAGCAAUUGAAUUGACAAACUCUGACUUCGAGGCAACAAUCAAACAAUAUGAUCUCGUGCUUGUCGAUUUCCAUGCUAGAUGGUGCAAAUUUAGCCGGAUGCUUGAUCCAGUUUUUGAUGAAGCUUCACAAGCGCUGGACAAUCUCUACAAAGACUCAAAUACAGUGAAGCUUGCCAAAGUAGACUGCGAAAAAGAGAACGAAGUUGCCAGAAAGUACGGAAUCAAUAAGUAUCCAACAAUAAAAAUGUUUGAAAACGGCAAAGUUUCCAAGAAAGAAUACCGUGGCUCAAGGACAAAAGACGCGUUUGUCAGUUAUAUCACCAAAUAUCUCGAGUCUCCUAUCAAAGAUAUACCUAAUCUUGACGAUAUCCCGGACCUUUUAGAAAAGCAAAAGCACAAUGUCAUCGGGUAUUUCGACAACAAGGAGUCAGCAGAUUAUAAGCAAUUCGACCGAGUUGCGCGGAUGCUGCGACAUGAUUGCGGGUGGUUUGCUGCAUUUGGAGAGGUAGCAAAGAGUCAAAAGCAAGGCGGGACCUUCCAGAUAGUGUACAAGCCUCCUAAUGUAGAACACGGGGAAAAAUUGUUCAGUAGCAGCUUGAAGACACACGAUUUGUUCUUGGCUUGGGCCACGGACAAAUGCGUUCCUCUAGUCAGAGUUAUCACCUUCGAAAAUGCCGAAGAAUUAACGGAGGAGGGUAUUCCAUUCCUGAUUUUGUUCCACAAGCCUGAUGACACUGAGUCCCCCAGAAAGUACACUGAGGUGGUACAAAAACAACUUUUCAAGCGCAAAGAAUCUGUGACAUUCCUGACGGCGGACGGGGUUCAGUUCGCUCACCCGCUGCACCACAUGGGCAAACAGAUAAAAGACUUGCCUGUUCUAGCUAUAGACAGUUUCAAACAUAUGUAUGUGUUCCCCGACAACGACAAGAUGUUUGACGCAGAUGCUCUGAACACGUUCAUCAGUGACCUUGAAACUGGUAAACUUCACAGGGAGUUCCACCACGGACCAGAUGUAGUCGUCGCUAAAAAGGCCAUAGAGUCGAAACCACAGGAAACAAAAGGCUCCAUUCCUGUCAAGAAACUAAAUGUCGAAAUUCCGACGGCUACUCGAAAAGCCGAGGAAGAAGUAAAGGGCAAAUCAACAGAUGGACGAAAUGCUAGACAGGACCAGAAGGCACCACCAAGCACCCCGCCAGAAAGUCAGUUUGCUAAACUGGCUCCAUCCGACCUUAGAUACUCGUUCAGAGACGAGCUGUAACCGCAACCGAACCAUGCUGCAGUAUUCGAAAGCCAGUGGUGCCCCCCGCAGUCGAAUCGAGUCUCAUUGGGCCAAUUAUUGUACAAAUUGAAUCAUAUCUCGGUCCGACAACCACGGCUCUAAAGUGCUACAAUACCAAAUUACUAAAAAUGUGGAAUUCAUUGUUGCAGAGUGUAUUUUGAUAGCAAAUAAAUAAAUGCAAUUUAGUUUUGACGAAUUUCCAUGGAAAAUAUGCGAAGCUAGCUUUCAAAACUAAAUGCUUUUUAUUUGUUUGACGGCAAAAUUAAUUAAGGAUCUCUCAAGAGUAUCCACAUAAUAAAUCAAAACUGGUUGAUCAGUUUUGUUUUCAGAAAGCUAAAUUGCGGCCUUAUGUGCUUCGAUCCAAAAUUCCAUUUUCGAUGUACAAUAUAUUUUCAUUUGUUUAUAACUUGACUUUGGUUUGUACUUGAAUGUAGUGAAUCGAAGCUCGUAGCUGGUAUACAAACUUAAUUUUGACAAAAAAAAAUCAAGUGAAGAAGUUUGUGAGUGAUUCCCGAAAGGUUUUUUUUUUGCUACGAGGUUGAAUUAAUGAAACAUGGUUUUUAUUGGGGCUAUCUCUGCUUUGUAGAAUACUUCAUCAUUAUCAAAUCCCAGAUGCCGAAGUUCAACCAAUUAGGUCAAGUCAAGUCAAAUUAAAUCUGUAUAUUUCAAUUUC